CAAAACGCGCAAAAGAAGCAGACGUACAAGCAAGCAGCCCCUAAGAAGGCGGCACCAGCACCCAAGGCCGUUCCCAAGAAAGCAGCUCCAGUGAAAGCGGCAGCUGCUCCCAAGAAGGCCGCUGCCGGAAAGAAGCCACGUAGGCGAACGAGCUCCAUGUCCACCAGAACAGCUCUUUAUCAAGGAAAAACUAGCACUCGUCCACGCUGGGUGGUCGCCAUCUAUCUCCGAGCUGCCUUUUUGAGAGUGGCAGACGGAGGAGCUUGCCCGUCGGAACCCUCAGAAGAGCUCAG